AUGGAGCCGCCGACUGGGUUCUGGACCUCGCUGUUGAGCUUCCUCAAGUUCUUGCCCUACUUCUGCGGCCUCCUCAUCCUUGGGUUCAUCAAAGGUGUUUUGUUGUGCCCUUGGGCAUGUCUGAUUAUGGCAAUUGGAAUAUCUGCACUAAUCCUGGGCUUAUGGCCUAUGCAUCUGAUUUGGACAUACUACUGCAUUAUCAGAACCAAGCUGGUGGGACCUGUAGUAAAGCUUCUGCUUCUUAUUGCUGCUACUGCAGUCUUGAUCGUAUGGUUGACAAUUGGCAUCCCGGGAAGUGUAUUUGCUGGACUAGUAUAUGGUUUUCUAGCACCCAUAAUGGCUACAUUUGAUGCAGUUGGAGAAGGCAAAGAAAAGCCAUUUGUUCAUUGCUUUGUGGAUGGAACAUGGAGUACUAUCACUAGAAGCUGUACAGUAGUCAGGGACGUAAAAGAUUUGCUUUUCCACUCCUAUUUUUCAAUUAUGGAUGACCUUCGUCUUCAGAAACCUCCUGACGGGGAGCCAUACGAGAUAAGAUUGCUUGAUAUUCCCGGUGCACUAAUAGUGGCCGCAUUUGGGCUUCUACUUGAUGGAAUAAUGUUUACAUUAAUUGCCUUCUAUAAAUGCCCUGUGAUGCUUUUCAAAGGAUGGCAACGACUGAUUCAGGAUAUGAUUGGGAGAGAAGGGCCUUUUCUGGAGACGGCUUGUGUGCCAUUUGCUGGUCUUGCUAUUCUUCUUUGGCCAUUUGCUGUAGUAGGAGCUGUUCUGGCAUCCAUACUCUCCAGUGUCCCUUUAGGUGCUUAUGGUGCAGUUGUAGCUUAUCAGGAAUCCUCCUUUAUCAUGGGACUUGCCUAUGUGUUCUCGUCAGUGUCUAUAUUUGAUGAAUACACGAACGAUGUUCUCGACAUGGCACCUGGUUCUUGUUUUCCAAGAUUUAAAUAUCGGAAGGGCAAAGGUGAGUCUUCACACAGACAUAGCGCUCCGUUAUCCAGACCAGCCUCAUUCGACAGGGAGAAGCAAGAAGGGAAAAGACCUCCAUCUCGUGUUACUUCAUUUAAGAACAGCAUUGAUGAGUUCAAUCCAUUCAAGUUGCUGGACCACCUAUUUGCCGAAUGCAGGAACCAGGGGGAGGCUUUGGUUAACAAAGGGGUGAUAACAAUGAAAGACAUUGAAGAAACGAAGUCUGGAAAAGUUGGCAGCGGUGUUCUUAAUGUUGGUCUACCAGCAUAUGUUAUCCUUAAUGCACUCCUUCGGUCUGCAAAAGCUGAUUCUGUCGGGCUAAUCUUAAGUGGCGGCUCUGAGAUUACAUCUGAUGACAAUAGACCUAAAAAUACCAUCUUUGAUUGGUUCUUUGACCCGCUUAUGGUUAUAAAGGAACAAAUCAAAGCUGAGAACCUUACUGAAGAAGAGGAAGAAUAUCUGAAAAUGCGAGUACUGUUGUCUGGUGAUCCCAGUCGCCUAAAAGGUUCUCUGCCUCAUGUUCCAUCCUUGACCGAGCGUAAAAAGGCAGAUAUAGACGCAUUCGCUCGCAGAUUGCAAGGAAUCACAAAGUCGAUAUCUAGAUAUCCUACAGCAAAGCGCCGCUUCGACGUCCUUGUGAAGGCGCUCUUGUCAGAGCUCGAGAAUACGAUGGGUGGCAGCCAAUCUGGCAAUGGAUCCCAGUCCCAGGCGCAGAGGCUGCGAAACUCGGUAGCCCGGAUGCUCAGCCAGAAAUCCAUGGGCAAGACGGCCAACAUCAGGGAUGAAGACCCAGAAGCGCAGAUGACAAGAUUGUCUCGCACCCCAUGA